GCUACUCAAAGCACCACGAGCACUACCACAGUUUGGGGUGACAUCAUCAUCGCCCUGGAUUUCACGGUUGACGAUGACAGGAGAGGAGCACUGCUGGACUUCGCAGCGAAUGUGGUGCACAACGUUACUGGCAACGUGGGGGACCUCAGUGUAACCUUUGGCCUGAUCUUAUUCGCUGCGGACGAGUACGAAGUGACCCUGGAACCUGGGACGCCAGCGGAAGAUUUCCUAUACUACCUCCACAGCGCAGGAAUGAGCACCUUUGUCGGCCAGCAGCGGCCGCCAGACACGGCCUCCGUCCUCGACGUUUGUGCGGUAGAGCUGAACAAGAGGAUUGCUGAUGUGUCCAUCGUGGUGGUGCUCACGAACUCCGUCUCCGAUGCUCCGGUGCAGACACAACUGGCGGCCUCGCGGCUGAAGUUCGAAGGCAUCGGCGAGGUUGUGGUCAUCGCUGUCGGCAUGGAUCCACCCGAUGAGCGCACAAGCAUACGGCAGAACGAGUUGGAGCAGAUGGCGACAUCACCCAGCUUCGAGUAUGACGCCUACUACGACCAGGUCGACGGUGGGCGACGGCUGCGAAGCCUCCUUGCUCCAGUACCUCUCUCCCAACUCGCGGAGAAGCUCGUCCCACAGGUCUCUGGCGUCAUCUUGCAGAUUACUACGACUUUGGCGGCACCCGAGGAUACUUCGAGGGGUGUGGGAGCAGGAAUCAUUCUCCUCGCUGUGCUUGGCGGCAUUUGCUGUUUCUCCGCCAUCGCAGCUGUGUCCUUUCUCGUAUGCAAGCGCAUGAAAGAGGGCGAGGAAGAGCAGAAGAAGAUGUCGGAUGUGGUCCCGGCCCCUUCAGAUGCGGGCCCUGCCCGGCCUCCGAUCGAACCACAGCCUCGACCGAGUCGGCCCGAGGAGCCGGACGACGAGAUGCAGCAGCAG